GCACGUAUGUAGUGGGCGCUAACGGAAAAAGAUGAGGUUCAACGACAAAGAGCUGGGAGCCUGGGCGAGCGUGUUCUCCCCCGACAAGGAGGGUCUACUGGAGAAGAAGGGUGCGGGGAGAGGACAGGGCUACAAACAGAGGUGGUUCAGACUGAAGGGAAACCUACUCUUCUAUUUCAAGGUGGACGAGUUGGGAGGAUGGGAGUCGUGUGGAGAGCCGGUGGGGGUGAUUGUUCUAGAGAGAUGUCGUGUUGAGAGGAUUCAUCACGACACACGACCUUAUUCCUUCGUCCUCGCAUUUGAGAAUGAUGACUCCAGGACAUAUGUCCUCAGUGCCUUCUCACAGCCUGAGCUAGACUCCUGGAUACUUGCCGUCCGCAUGUCAAGCUAUGAGGGUCUAAAGGCCAUGUACUACGAACUCACCAACAAGAUUAACACCCUCACUGGAAAGGUAGUGAUGCAGCUACUAGUAUCAACAGCAUGGCCAGCCUCUCUCUCUGUGAGGACAGCUACAGAUCUUGGAGAGAGCUGGCCAUUUCCAGUUACUGUGAGCAGCUGAGUCUCAUGCAGAGACUGAGACAUGAAGUGGUGCUACUCCACGGCAAGCUGGAGAGUCGAGAGGCUGAGAUUGAGACACUAAAACAACAGUUGGAGGAAGCGAAGAGAGAGAAAAUCAGUCGUAGAAUUAGAGUUUUCUAACUAUCGCAAACGCACCCAGAAACUGUUGCGUGAUGCCGCAGUAGACAAGACGGAGCAGUGGCUGGAAUCAUUAUCAUCAAACUGAUUACCAUAAUGUCCUAUAUACUUAGUACUCCUAUGCUAGCUUCAUCUCUGGGCAAUGGUUCUUUGCCUUGAAAUCUAGGUACACCGCUAUGUUAGCAGAGGACUAGCAAUACAGCUGGUAGAGUCACUUCGUCAGGUGUGUCUGCCUCAAAGAUAACUUUUCCAUUGUUUGGUGUUUGGUCAAAUAAAGCAUGUGUACACUAAAACUUGCCAGCUAUGCAAGUAUAAACAACUUUUAUAAGUGGAAUAUGUAGGUUGUGGAGUGGGGGUGAGAAGUGAAAGGUUAAGACAUCACAGUCUCAUAUGCAUCAUCAGUUUCUCCUCUCACUACACUGUAAGCCUCGUUACUGGUGGUCUUGAAUGACUCAGGAGGAGCUUUUUUAGUUGUGCAGCAGUAGUAGUGUAUUCUUCAGCUCUUUGGAGUUUCUUCAUGAAAAAGACUAUCACCAUAACCUGCACUGCUAUAGCAGUCACAAUCACCACUCCCAACACACCACCAAGAGCAGCUACUGCUACCGAUGAUGAUG